AUGGUGGUAAAUAGUGCAGUCGAAAAUGCUUUAGCAACGGUUGGUGCAGUUCUUUGGUGUGUACAGAUUUUACCACAAAUCUGGAAAUCAUGGAGAGCGAAGUCAACAACUGGUCUAUCACCUUGGUUGAUGUUUACAUGGAUGAUUUCUCUAUGGGUUUUGGGCAUCUAUAAUAUUACACAGGAACUGUCAAUACCUCUUCAUAUUCAACCUGAACUAUGUGCAUGUUGUUUUCUUUCAUGUGCAAUACAAGUUGGCUGUGUCUAUGCGCUAAGAACUGGUAUUAAAAAUGGUGUGACAUGGCCCAUCAAGAUGUUUGGAAUUAUAGCGACCGUUCUUCUUGGUGGUGCUCUAUUUCCACAAAUUUGGGAAAUUAUCAAACGGAAAGAAGUGGUGGGACUUUCGAUCAAAUUCAUUAUUAUUGGUAUGCUGGGUGGUGCCUGUUUUGCACCUCCUCCUUUCGAUGCGUUUGCUGCAAGCUUCUAUCUUAUAGUUGUCGGCAUGGAAUUGUUGAUUCUUCUCUUGGCAGCUAUUUUAAAUCCGAUUGCAUAUUAUCGUCAUCGUGAUGAGAAGGUUACUGAAGUUAUUGAAGAGAUUGAAACUAUCGAUAAAAUAGUAUCUUCUAAAGACUACGUCGCUAAUGCUGAAGCAAAUAUAAACAAACCUAGUGAUCUAGAUGAUGCAUUUGCGGAAUGGUUUUGA